GGGCCCGGAGAUCGGAUCAGCGGGCACCGGGGCGGCCCGGAGCUGGGAGAGCGCCAUGAGCAGCAAGUGCGACGUGGUCGUGGUGGGGGGCGGCAUCUCAGGUAUGGCAGCAGCCAAACUUCUGCAUGACUCUGGCCUGGAUGUGGUUGUUCUGGAAGCCCGGGACCGCGUGGGAGGCAGGACUUACACUCUUAGGAACCAAAACGUUAAAUAUGUGGACCUUGGAGGAUCUUAUGUUGGGCCAACCCAGAAUCGUAUCUUACGAUUAGCCAAGGAGCUGGGAUUGGAGACUUACAAAGUGAAUGAAGUAGAGCGUUUGAUCCACCAUGUAAAGGGCAAGUCUUACUCCUUUAGGGGCCCAUUCCCACCUGUGUGGAAUCCAAUCAGCUACCUAGAUCAUAACAACCUUUGGAGGACGAUGGACAACAUGGGGCGUGAGAUUCCCAGUGAUGCCCCAUGGAAGGCACCCCUUGCAGAAGAGUGGGACAGCAUGACAAUGAAAGAGUUGCUGGACAAGAUCUGCUGGACUGAAUCUGCAAAGCAGCUUGCCACUGUCUUUGUGAACCUGUGUGUCACUGCGGAGACCCAUGAGGUCUCUGCUCUCUGGUUCCUGUGGUACGUGAAGCAGUGUGGGGGCACGACCAGAAUCAUCUCGACAACCAAUGGAGGGCAGGAGCGGAAAUUUGUGGGCGGAUCUGGUCAAGUGAGCGAGCGGAUAAUGGACCUCCUCGGGGACCGAGUGAAACUAGAGAGGCCUGUGACCCACAUUGACCAGACAGGAGAAAAUGUACUUGUGGAGACCCUAAACCAUGAGGUGUAUGAGGCUAAAUAUGUGAUUAGCGCUAUUCCUCCUACUCUGGGCAUGAAGAUUCACUUCAAUCCCCCUCUGCCAAUGAUGAGAAACCAGCUGAUCACUCGUGUGCCUUUGGGUUCAGUCAUCAAGUGUAUGGUUUAUUAUAAAGAGCCCUUCUGGAGGAAAAAGAAUUACUGUGGAACCAUGAUUAUUGAAGGAGAGGAAGCUCCCAUUGCUUACACAUUGGAUGAUACCAAACCUGAUGGCACCUAUGCUGCAAUAAUGGGAUUUAUCCUUGCCCACAAAGCCAGAAAACUGGCUCGUCUUACCAAAGAAGAAAGGUUGAAGAAACUUUGUGAGCUCUAUGCAAAAGUUUUGGGCUCCCAAGAUGCUCUGCACCCGGUGCAUUAUGAAGAGAAGAACUGGUGUGAGGAGCAGUACUCCGGGGGCUGCUACACCACCUACUUCCCCCCUGGGAUCAUGACUCAGUAUGGAAGGGUUCUACGCCAGCCGGUGGGUCGGAUUUACUUCGCAGGCACUGAGACUGCCACACACUGGAGCGGCUACAUGGAGGGAGCUGUGGAGGCUGGGGAGAGAGCGGCCCGAGAGAUCCUGCAUGCCAUGGGGAAGAUUCCAGAGGAUGAAAUCUGGCAACCAGAACCAGAGUCUGUGGAUGUCCCUGCACAGCCCAUCACCACGACCUUCUUGGAGAGACAUUUGCCCUCCGUGCCAGGCCUGCUGAGGCUGAUUGGAUUGACCACCGUCUUUUCAGCAAUGGCUCUUGGCUUCCUGGCCCACAAAAGGGGGCUACUUGUGCGGGUCUAAAGAGAAGACAUCUGUAACCACACCCUAUUCUUACUCUGUUUGGGGUGUGGGUUUGGGGAAGGGGGUUGCAAUAAAGUUCCGCAAAGAAGGUGAAGCGAGGCAGAGAUGGUGAAGAUAAGUCAGACUCUGACCACAGGAAACACAGUAUCUCUUUCUCCACGUUGGCUCCUGGUUGGCAUCUCUUACCUGGCUUUGUACUCUGUCUCACCCAUUUCCAAGCUCACUGUCUUUGGAAUCUUUAGAAUUAAAUAGACUUGUUUAAGGUCCUUGUUGUGCCACAACACACCUUGCCCAUGCACAGACAGCUAGUUUCUCCCCACCUCUGUGGUUUUGUGCUUAUCCUUCUUCUUUCCUGUAUUAUCCUCACCUUCCCAAGUUCUCUGCAUUAUUAUUAUAGCUGAAAGACCUUAGAAGCCAUUUAGUCCUCACCCUCUGUUUUAGAGUUGAGCAAACUGAAGCUGAUUGAGGUAGAACUUACUUGCCUAAGGUUCACAAUAAGCCACUGGUAUUUGGGGGACUAGAGCAUAGAUUCAUUGCUUUUCCCACCCCCCAGGAUGUAUUCCCCAGUUACUCUACUAUAAUUGCUAAUGGUGUCCCUUUGUGUGGGUUUACUCUGUGCUAAGUUGUCUUGCACUACUCAGAUGCUGUUCACUGUAUAUUAGGUCUUACUGUCUUGUGCAGUGUGUUUCCAGCUGAUUUUAAUUUUGGAGGAGAUAGGAAUCUUGUCUUCCUUUUGUAUCCUC